UAGCAGAAGUACUGUCUCAUUGGCAGCUGGGCAGAGAAGGAGGAGUAAUUAAAGAGAGAGAGAGAGAAAGUAACGGCAGAAGCAGACAGAUAUCAAAAAGACUCUCACCACACCAGAAAAAUGGGGACGGGUAACGACACUUCCACUGCACAGCAAACAGAUUGGACUGAGGUUAUCACUAAUGUGCGUAAGGCCUCCCUAGUCUUCUACUGCCUGAUAUUCAUACUGGGGACUGUGGGCAACGGGCUGGUCAUCUACGUGACCGGCUGCAGGAUGAAGAGAACCGUCAACUCCGUUUGGUUUCUCAACUUGGCCCUGGCUGACUUCUUCUUCACGGCCUUCCUGAUUUUCUCGAUCAUUUCUGCCUCUCAAGGUCACCAAUGGCACUUUGGACUAAUCAUGUGUAGGCUCAACAGCUUUGUGGUUGUAGUCAACAUGUUUGCCAGUAUCUUUCUUUUGACAGCCAUAAGUCUGGAUCGUUGCCUGUCAAUCUGGGUGGUGGUGUGGGCACAAAACGAGCGCACCGUUUGCAAAGCGCAGGUCAUAUGUGUAGUCAUCUGGAUAACUGCUGCGGCCUGCACCAUCCCUUAUGCAGCUUUUCGAGACAUUGGAAUCAGGGAUGGAAAGACUGUCUGUGGCUAUACCUCAUCCAUGACACUUGAAAAAGUUUGGACUCUUGGCAUUUUUCGCUUUGUUGUCGGCUUCCUCAUCCCAUUCCUGGUGAUAUUUGUCUCUUAUGUGGCCAUAGGUGUUCGUGCAGGGCGUCUGCAGAGAACAAGGAAAAAGAGACCUCGCCCAAUCAUUUUCUCCAUCGUUCUUGCAUUUUUCAUCUGCUGGUUGCCCUACCAUGUUGUGCAUUUUAUAGAAUUAAAGUCCUACACUGACAGAAAUCUUGGUAGCAUCGUUGAGAUUUUAGGUCCUCCGUUUUUGAGUUUGGCUUUUUUUAACAGCUGCCUGAACCCCAUUCUCUAUGUUUUCAUGUGUGAUGAAUUCCAGAACAAACUCGGGCAGUCUGUUUUCUUUGUCCUAGAGAGUGCCCUGGCUGAGGACCACAUGUCCUCUCGCUCCUUGUCCUCACACUUUUCUCGGGUUGCCCGGAAGUCUGACUCUACGGCACCUGAGGAUAUGAAAGUCACAGCUACUUCCUACAACUUUACAGAAAGCAAAGUGGUGAUCGCUGCCGAGACAGAGACAGCGAGCACUGAAUGAGCCUCCACAGCCUCCUGAAACUUCCACAAAACAGUUGUCAUCACUGAGGAGAGUGAUGCUGAGCACUGAUUAAAACCACCAAUACAAGCAAUGUAAAUUAAAUAAAUCAGGAUUAUUUUUAUAUAUAUAAAAAUA